AUGGCUCAACAACAUGUACUAAAGGAGAAUACACCCUUCACUAUGACAGUGCCGUGGAUUUUACACAAGGCGGAGUCUCCGAAAGAUGUGCGGAAACAGCGAGUGGGUAUACCGAAGGAGGUUAGAAGUGCGAGGAGGCGAGAAAUUAUGACGGAUUUUGCAUCGUAUGUGAAAUUGUUGAGAGAAAAAUCGCGGAAAUAUCGAAUUGAGAAAAAGAUGAAAAAUGCGGAGGAAUUGUAUGAGGAAAGGAUGUUUCAUUCGGAGGAGCUGAGAAAUCUUCACUGUGCGGAAGAUUCUCAUCGAGAGCGAAUACGGUGGCGUUUGAAUGAUGUUGACUGGCUGUUGGUUUGGUUGGAGGUAUUGAUGGUAUGUAUUGAGGAAUUUGUUCGAGUGAUGGUUACGACGAUUGAGGAGCCUUAUCCGAAUAGACUGGCGCUGAAUGGUAUUGUUAAAGGACAGACGACAUUUGAUUUGAGAAAUGGCGAUCGUGCAGUUGCUGAUCUUCCGUAUUGUUGUUUCUGUUGGGAACAAUUCUCCGAUUUGGUAGAAGCGGAGAAACACUGCGAUACGUCGGAAACCCAUAAAAGGACGAAAGAUGAUUACUACAAGAAUAACAAUAAGAAAGAGAGCAAGCAUGAGUAA